AUGCCCAGCAAGAAACCAAAGGCUCUGGUGCAAGCAGGACGAGAUGGCAACGCACUGUCUUCGUCGACAACGGCUCUCAGGCGGACGUGUCCUCGGGCCUUGUUAAUCGAAGAUAUCGUCUAUGAGAUACUCUGCAUCGCGUCUGCCGACGCCCAAACGGACUUACAGCGUCGAGAAGUUCUUUCGAAAUACGCAACUAUAUGCAGACUGUGGGGUAAUGUGUCUCAGUCGAUCCUGUUUCGCAGCGUGUUCCUGCAAAUUCGUUCCUCCAUGAUGGCUCUACUUUCCAUCAUCACUGCAACAACAGAAAGAGGCCAGCGACUUGCACGGUAUAUCAAGUCCGCACGAAUCCGGCUUAGCCGUGAACCCGAAAUCCGAGAUCCAAUAACUUUGCCCAUGAUUCAUCCUAGGCAUCUACCGGCGUUGCUCGCUCACAUGACAGCUCUGGAUUCUCUCGAGCUGAGUGUAGGCGAAGAAUGGCCAUCUCAGAACAUUCUCAAAGAGCUCUCACGAGGACCGCGGAUCCGGAAGCUCAUCUUGGAGACCACAAGAUGGAGCGCGGAUCAUCCCGCCUCCUACAUACUCCGAAAGGAUCUUAUUCCUUGGCCAGAACUCGAGUCGGUUGUGAUCAAGAAUGAGAGGCCAAUGCCACCGUUCCCAGUUACACUUCCAGGACCGGAACUUGAACUGUCGUCACUCACAAUCUAUCACUCUUACAAUGGCCUCUAUAAAGAGGAACUGGAGUGGCUUUUGGGCCACUCAAGUACGUCCCUUACGCAUGUUGCGUUCGUGGACGCCGUGUUCAACAACUGCUACGACUUUCUGGAGCACUCUCUCAUUAAAAAUAUUCGAUCAUUGACCCUGGGCAGUACAAGAUGGGAUGAUGAACUCUACUUUGCCCUUCAACGUCUCGAACGCCUCAGUGAGCUGACCUUCCACGGUCCUAUGGCUCUAGGCCGUCAGUUUCCAAGCGGUCUCCCGGACGUGAUCGAGCAUUUAUCGCUUCCUCAUUAUUUUCAACAUGGCGACUUUCCUCGCUACGGAAACAGAUUCGACUUAGCAUUGCUCGACAACUCCCGGCCUGCCUUGCUGAAGACUUGCACCGUCAAUAUGCCCUAUGAUCAUUAUGAUGCUUUCUUGACCCUCAAGACUCAGGAAUGGCUCAACAACUAUGCCGAAGACUGCCGCCGUAAUCACGUUUACGUCGAGCUGUGCUUUCGGACGAGUACGAUUGAGGAAAAGUUCUCCGCGUUGCCAGCCUCUCGACUUCGCGUUGGACGCGGGAGUUGGUCGGUGUUUCGCGAGCCCUUCCAGCCCACUGCGUCACAACUUGACCUCUGCGACUUUGAUGUCAUUUUAGGCCGCAGCCCAGAUACCAAGGGAGCGGUCCCCAGGUCUGCACCAAGCUUAUCUCAACCUCGUGUUGGAGGGUGGUUCGAGAUUGCGCUCAGAAAAGCCAAAGGACUCCUACCGUCAUUGGCAGGGAAGAAACGAGCGCAAACUGAACAUCUCUAUUCUUGA